GGACGCGUGCGCAGAGUGAGGCAGUGGAGGAUGUCAGAGCGGGGCGCGUGCGCAGAAUGAGAGCGUGGCGGAAGUGAAGCGGCGGCGGCGGAGGAGGCGCCAUGGAGGCGCUGGCCGUCACCGCCCAGCUCUGCGGGCCGGAGCUGGAGCGCUACGGGCGCUGCGUGGCCGCGAGCCCCGGGAGCUGGCACCGGGAUUGUCACCAGCUGUCCCUGAGCGUCACCGAGUGCGCCUCCAACCACCCCCUGGUGCGCCGGAUCCGCCGGGAUUGCUCCGACUCCUUCGGGGCCUUCGAGCGCUGCCUGCGGGAGCGGCCCCGGAGCGCGGCCGAGUGCGGCCCCCACGUCAGCCAGUUCCUGUACCGCCACCGUCGCUCUGGCCCCUUGGAUCCCUCCCUGCUGUGCUGGCCAUAA